AUGGCCGGCGCCGCCGCGCUCCGGCGAUCCGCUCGCCGAAUUUCCCGGCACCUCGUCGCUGCCCCCGCGUUCUCCCGCAGUGCGCUCCAGCAGCCCAAGUGCCUCCUGUCGUCGCAGGCGUCGCCGGAGCACGGCGCGCGCGGCGCGGUGUCCGGGUCGGAGCUGGCGCUGUACCCGCCGGAGCGGGUCCGGAACUUCUCGAUCAUCGCGCACGUAGACCACGGCAAGUCGACGCUGGCCGACAGGCUGCUGGAGCUCACCGGCACCAUCCAUAAGGGCCAUGGGCAGCCCCAGUACCUCGACAAGCUGCAAGUUGAGAGAGAAAGGGGGAUUACAGUCAAAGCACAAACAGCAACUAUGUUCUAUAGGCAUGUUACUGCAUCUCAGGACUCAGAUAUGCCAAAAUAUUUGCUUAAUCUGAUUGAUACGCCAGGCCAUGUGGAUUUCAGCUAUGAGAUUGAUCAGCCGACUGCUGAUCCAGAUAAUGUAAAGGAUCAAUUGAAGAGGUUGUUUGACAUUGAUCCAAGUGAAGCUCUGCUUACUUCUGCCAAGACUGGUAAAGGCCUUGAACAGGUAUUGCCUGCUGUUAUUGAACGCAUACCUUCCCCACCUGGGAAAUGUGAUGCACCUGUACGGAUGUUGCUUUUGGAUUCCUACUAUGAUGAAUACAAAGGAGUGAUUUGCCAUGUUGCUAUUGUUGAUGGUGCUCUGCGUAAAGGUGAUAAGAUUGCUUCAGCUGCAACUGGCCGUGCAUAUGAAGUUCUUGAUGUCGGCAUUAUGCACCCUGAGCUUACACCUACUGGAGUUCUCUACACUGGACAAGUUGGAUAUGUUAUUAGUGGAAUGCGUUCAACUAAAGAAGCACGCAUUGGUGAUACCCUUCACCAGGCAAAGAGUACUGUUGAGCCACUUCCUGGUUUCAAGCCUGCGAAACACAUGGUCUUCUCUGGUCUCUAUCCUGCUGAUGGUUCUGACUUUGAAGCUCUUAGCCAUGCGAUUGAGAAACUAACAUGUAAUGAUGCCAGUGUCUCUGUUACAAAGGAGACAAGCAAUGCACUUGGCAUGGGAUUCAGAUGUGGUUUCCUAGGAUUGCUACACAUGGAUGUAUUCCAUCAACGGCUUGAGCAAGAAUAUGGAGCUCAAGUCAUAUCGACCAUACCAACCGUACCUUAUAUUUUUGAAUAUGGUGAUGGAAGCAAGGUGCAAGUUAAGAACCCUGCUGCUUUGGCUUCGAAUCCUGGAAAGCGUGUAGCAGCCUGUUGGGAGCCCACAGUUAUUGCAACAAUCAUUAUCCCUAGUGAGUAUGUUGGGCCUGUCAUUAUGCUUUGUUCAGAAAGAAGGGGCGAACAGCUAGAAUAUACAUUUAUCGAUGCCCAAAGGGCACUGUUGAAGUACCGGUUACCAUUGAAGGAGAUAAUUGUGGACUUCUACAAUGAGUUGAAGGGCAUUACGUCUGGCUAUGCUACUUUUGACUAUGAAGAUUCUGAAUACCAACAAUCUGAUCUAGUUAAGUUGGACAUCCUUCUUAAUGGUCAACCUGUUGAUGCUAUGACAACUAUAGUGCAUAACCAGAAGGCUCAGCGGGUUGGAAAAGAAUUAGUGGAGAAGCUCAAGAAAUUUAUAGAAAGGCAAAUGUUUGAGAUCACCAUACAAGCAGCAAUUGGUUCAAAGGUUAUUGCAAGGGAAACCCUGUCAGCAAUGAGGAAGAAUGUUCUGGCAAAGUGCUAUGGUGGUGAUAUUACUCGGAAGAAGAAAUUGUUAGAGAAGCAAAAGGAAGGCAAAAAGCGCAUGAAACGUGUGGGAUCUGUCGACAUUCCUCAGGAAGCAUUCCAUGAGCUACUGAAGGUCUCCAAUUCAAAAUAG